AUGGAAUCUGCCCCACCCAGUUCUGCCCGGCUCGUCACCUCCGUCCUUCCACCUACCGAUUGGACGCCUUCGUUCUCGCUUGGAGGGGUCAAUAAAUCAUACAAACACCAGUAUGCCAACAUCUACUUCGUGCGCCUUAGAUUGCUGAGGAAAGAGGUGGAGAGGCGGGCUCAAGCACGGUGGAAAGACGUCAAAGGUGCACCUGUGCUGGUUCCUCGAGUUCUGGACGUCUUAAAAUCUCAACUAUGCUAUAUUGUCGGGACGGUAUACAUGGAUAUGCCUCUAAAACCGAACGUAUUGGAGGAUAUCGGGAGAGACCGAUCGAUACCGCCCCCGCCCCCGCGAGAAAAGAUAUAUUCUGCUGACGAUAUCAUCUCACUGGAGGACGAAUCAGGUCGUAUACGUUUAAUCGGUGAGCCGGUAGAGCAGGCUCGGCUGGUCACAGGCGUCAUCGUGGCCGCCUUGGGGUUGGAAACUCCGAAUGGAGAUUUCCAGGUAGUUGAUAUCUGCCCAGCUGGAUUAGCCCCACAAUCGGACACUGAACUAGCAGAUGAGGAUGAUAUGGAGGUCGAUGAUGAAUGGAUAGGCGUGGUAUCUGGUUUGGAUAUUGGUUCUUCGUCUCCCGCGGAUGCCCCUAUCCAGAUGCUGGCAGAAUAUCUAACGGGAGAAGUAGGCGGACGAGAAGACCAAGCUUCUUGUGCAAAAAUAUCUCGCCUGAUAAUCGCUGGUAACUGUCUGUCGCCCGCUGCGAGCACGCUCGAUGGGGAUACUGUAGGGGACAAGAAAACUCGACGAUACGGCCAUGAUAACACCUCAUUCUCGCCACACCCCAUUCUGAACCUUUCCUCAUUCCUACUAGACGUUGGUUCUUGCAUGCCGAUUCACUUGCUUCCUGGCGACUCAGAUCCUACCGGUGCAAUUUUGCCUCAGCAGCCGCUUCCUCGUGCAAUGCUGGGCGCUGUUUCCUCCUAUUCCACCUUCUCCUGCGAGACAAAUCCCACCUACCUACGCAUUGCCUCUGGAUCCGAAGGCUCGUCUACAGCACCGUCGACAUCGUCGAGCUCAAAAAAGCAGUACACCCGAACCAUACUGGCCAACGCGGGUCAACCUCUAAGCGAUAUGUUCAAGUAUUUGCCCACUCCACCGGCCACGAGACUGUCUAUCGCGGAAUCAACCCUGCGAUGGCGGCACAUAGCUCCAACGGCACCUGACACCCUAUGGUGCCAUCCGUACUUCACGACAGACCCUUUCGUGAUUCAGCAAACGCCGGAUAUAUACAUUGUCGGCUGCCAACCAAAGUUCCAGACGAGCUUGAUUUCGGAACGCGGAAUUCCUGGGCUGAAGUGGGAGGAAGCCGACAAACGUUGUCGCAUCGUUCUUGUGCCCAGAUUUUCAGAGACGGGACUCCUGGUGUUGGUCAACCUACGGACAUUGGACGUUCAGACCGUGCAGUUCGAUGUCGAGGGCAUGGUGUCCGGAGGAGGUGAGGUGGAUUCAUAACGUGGUUCGGCCACGCUGGCUGUCAUGUUACAGUAGUCCUGCACACAUGUUGAGGCUCGUUGGGCUGCUUAUUUUAUUG